GCUCUACCACCUCUACCACUACCUCCAGUAGUACUACUACAGUUACGUGCGGUACCGCUAAUAAUACCGCUCCAGGUUGUAAUAGUGCGAGUGUAAGGUAGAAUCUACGACUCGUUGAUUCCUGUCACUGCCAGCACUAGCAGCAGAAGCACCAGUAGAGGUACGACGGCAUCACACUGCACGUAAGGUUAUGUGUAGCAUAGUGCAAGUAGUGUAUGCCAUUAAGGGUAUUGCCCUGGAGAAAGAGGGCCUUUGACUGACCGUUUCCGCUGCGCUACCGCUACCGAAGACGUUGGCUGAAGCACGGCGAGGAACCUAUUAAACGAGCAGCUAGUUCAGCAAACUGCUACUCAUCACACUGUUUGUCUCAAUGAUCAUUUUCUAGUUGACAAUGCUGCUAUUCCUGCUAGUACAGGGCUCCUGAUGGUUGUGGUGCGUGUCCUCUAGUGUUUCCUAGUGUUGGUGUGGACGCUGCCAGUGACUGCUACCCGUGUUGCUAUUGAUCGGAGGUACUAGGGGAAAGGCGUGGCUCCUUCCAUCCAAGCGCUCGCGAGGCCUUUAGAUCGGUUCAGUGUGGUUUUCGGUGGUGUCGUUCCGACAUCUUACACAGUACAAGUACAUGCUACAUGCUACAGCACUACAUCAUGCUGGUGUCUGGCUAAGAGCCCAACAUGCCUGUCCUCUCAGUGGCGACUCACUGUGCUUCCAAACAAGCAAGCGGUAUACACCAUGGAAGACCCAUCUCGAUCAUCAGCACAGUGAGUACAUUCAAAUGACUAGCAGUGGCAAAUCUACCGGUGACAAGCUUUAGGCGUUUUGACGUUGUGUAAUUGAAGAAGGGUCUCCCUACGCCGCUGCUUUGGGCUUCGUUUGGAACGAGCUUCUUCUUGAUCAUUGUCAAGAGGGACCAGAGGGCCCAGGUUCAUUGCAAGGCUAUCCUUGUUUCAACCAUCAGGAUAAGUUGCAUCAGGAGCCUGUACGACUCCUAGACUGCAGACUGCAGACCAGGCGUGACAGAGAAGCGUGUAAAGUAACACACAAGAUAUUGUAUUGUAGUCUGGACCAGUGGCGAGCCAGUGGAGAGCCACAUUGCCGACCACGAGCACUACAGGUGCCAACAGCAGCCCAGCUCAUGCCGGACAACACGUCGACUUCUUCACUGACUUGAGCCGGACAUCAGCAACUAGGUCAGUGAAGUGCGAUAUUCUGACUGCGGUCGUCGUCGGCAGCAGCAGUCGCAGCAGCAGCAGCAAAGCUCGUCAAUGAUGGUGUCUGCGGUUAGCUCACACUCACCGUCAAGCAACUCCUCGGCUGCCGAAGCUGACGGUGCAGUGUACGUUCCUCAAUCUGCCUUCAGUCUGUCAUCAUCUUCCUGUGGCGUUCAGCCUGCUGCUCGUCAAUCCAUACCACUUCAGACUGGCAUAUACCCGUCUUCGCGACCAGCCCAGCAGUCUCAACCACUCUUUAUAUAUAACUACACAGGACACACGCAAAACCGUGCUGCUACAGAACCUAGCGAUUCAUCCAGGAUUGUUGAACUACACUCACCUAGCUCACCUGAAGUAGAUGUAAUGGAGGAGGACGACGAAUCACGUUUUGAUAUUGGUGAGCCGCCACCACUCAUCAAAAUAAGGGAGUCUCCAUCAGAUGGCGAUGAUGUACGAAGUACACCUUCUCUUGACUCUGCACAUCACACCAGCAGUAGUGAAGGCCACCAGCCCGUCAUGCCUGCAAUUCCACCCCCGUCAUUCGUGACCGUUGUCAAUCCCCUGAUCAAAAUGGCUAGUCCAAUAGGAGAGCAUCCACCUCAUCCCAUGGCAGGUGGUGUCGGUCCCCAGUCGUUAGUUCAGUAUCGCCUGGUAACCACGGCUACAUCACCUGAUCAGAUGAAAGCAAUCGGCAUGGCACCGCUGCAACCAUCGCCUGUGCCCAUUCCAACUCGUCCUGUGGCCAGCACAGGACAAAUCUUCACCGUUCCUUAUCCAUACUACACGACUGGCAUCUUACCUAAUACGUCGUCCGCGCAAGGAGUUGUGGAAGGCAGUGGCCAAUCAGCUGUUGUUGCUGCUGGUACAGGUGGUACCUGGGCAAGCAUAAAGCCAGGCGCCAUACCUGCCCAGUCAUCAUCUCUGAUCCAGUGCUUUCUGCCACGUCAUGCAGGCUUUGCCACAACAAUAGGGACCGCUACAAACACGGGACCACGACAAGAUCAAGCAGCAACAUAUAUUGCUAAUGGGCCAUUGCAGCGUUCAGCAGCAUCGUAUGACAGCAAAGGUUUAAGUUCACGGCAUGAGGCACUGCGAGUAGUCCACCCAGCACCUACAGGAGAUGCCCAUAGGCUUACUUCUCCAUACCAGCAGCAGCAGCAGCAGCAGCAGUCCACCAGGACCUUUGGUCACGCAUCAGUGCUAUCACCAGAGCCAGAAAGUCCUAGCUCCAAGUAUUACCAUUCAGCGGCUGGGGAGCAGAGUGGUUCAUUGCAUGAGGCGCCAAUGCAAACCAACGCUGUGCCCUAUUAUCGUCUUCAAGGUCCUUACACAGUGGAUGACGGAGUGGAGGAUCGCGUAGCACAUGAAAGGCAAGAGUUGGUGAAGCCGGAUCCAGCCCGUAUCACUGCCUCAGUCACCGGUGGCGCUGACAAUGACCUCUCCGAUAGCAGUAGUGUGACAGGAGGCGAGAAGCAAACACAAGACCUGUACUGGUGUUCUCAAUGUCACUUCACGUUCAAGUGGCGGCGACAUCUUGAGCAUCACUUUGCUGCUCAUCGCACCGCAGAGCGUCCCAAUCUGUGCCACCUGUGUGGACGUUGCUUCACUCGCGGCGACCAUCUGAACCGCCACGCCAGCAUGCACUUCAUCAACAAAUUGACGUGUCAGCUGUGUGGAGAGACCCACCAGCGUGCUUCUCACUUGGAAAUGCAUUGGCACAAUGCUCACUCCAACUACCUGUCCAACAUCUGCCUGCCCGCUGCUCAGAGCGCAGUGGCAAAGCCUCACUCGUACUCGGCUGCAGGACGCCAGGGAAUGGCAGUCCACACUGCUUCAACAUCAUCUCAUCAUCAUCAUCAUCACCAUCAUCAUCAGCAACCUCACCACCAUUCUCAGAGUGUUGGCUACCAUAGGUCAGCAUCAUCAUCAGCUGCAGCACUCUCAUCGCAACAGAUGGGCCAUGCCAGCAACGAAAGCAGCAUGGUGGCAGAUGACAACCAGACUGAUCCAUCAGUAUCAACGAGUGAAGAGCUCACUCCCAUCGAGGAAUCGGCCGUGAAAGUGGCCAUGCGACCUGUUCCAUCCGGAGACACUCGUCCGUUCCGCUGUAAUACCUGUGCCCGUGCGUUUAGCCGUCUGGCACACUUGCAGCGCCACCAGAACGUGCACACUGGCGACAAGCCGUACCGCUGUUCACUCUGCGGCCGUACCUAUCACACGUCAGACAAGCUGAAGGCGCAUGUUGUCAUGAUGCACGACAGCCACCUCAUCUCCUGUCCAACAUGUAAGAAAGAGUUCAGCACUAUGGGCGCCCUCACAAACCAUCAGAAGGUGCACAUCAGAGAACGGAUCAACUCUACAAUGAAUGCUGAGUCGUACGAGAACAGAAAAUUGAAAAUGGGCAAGAAGACGAAGCAUCGUGAACGCGAAGAAGUUGAAGAUGAGGAGCAUCAGCCGAGCUCAAAGAGAGUAAAGGAAUCGACCGCUUCUGUUGGUGCUGCGGAUGACAGUGCGGCUGUUCCCGACGAGCUGGGACUGUUUCAAGAUGAGCCUAACGAGAUUGUUACGACUCAGCAGGACCAGGAAGAAUUGGAGAGAAUGAGAGUGAUGGUAGAGGCAUUCUCUGACCACCAUCAGGAUAGAUACGAGCAGUAUAGGCGUUCUUCACUACCUCGAACGCAAGUAAAACGUCUGAUGCAGGCUGUAGCCGGAUCUGGUGUGUCCAUUCAGCCCAACGCUGUCAUUGCCAUGAAUGGUGUUACGAAAGUUUUUGUGGGCGAGAUUGUCGAGGAGGCGCUGGACUAUCGUGACUCACAGAACGAAACUGGACCUCUCAAGCCUCAACACAUACGUGAAGCUGUGCGCCGGCUGAGGAAUAAGGGCCAUGGGACAUUUCAAUUGGCGUCUAUUCCUAAGGGUCCACGCCUGUAGAACACUCCGAUGCACGUUCAAUGUACUUCAGGUCAGUGAGGUUGCUACAGAUAAGAACUACAAAAUAGGCGAGCUGCUUCACUCCGUGGGCCUAUUACAUCUAUUGGUGUGAAAGCAUGUUGAGAUACUCUCAGUCUGUAUGUGCGUGCGCAUGUGUGUGUUAUGUGUGUGCUUGCGCGUGUGUGCGCGCGCGCACACGUGUGUGUGUUAUGUGUGUGUGUGCGUGUGUGUGUUAUGUGUGUGUUGUGUGUGUGUGCGUGUGUGUGUGUGUUAUGUGUGUGCUUGUGCGUGUGUGUGUUAUGUGUGUGUGUGUGUGUACAUUGUAUACAGUUUUUGUGUGUUAGCAUGUCUGUCUGUCUGUCUGCACGUGCAUGUAAAUGUGUGUACUAGUAUUUUAGCAUCAGGUUGCUGGCAGUCUGGACAAUGACCAAAAGUCAAACUUAUAUAAUAGCAUGAAUAGUCUUGCGGAGUCGAGUGUUGCUGCCGGUUAGAAACACACCGUACUCAUUUAGUUGAUGUUUUGUGCUGUGUUUCUGAUUUCAACCUUUUGUACUCUUAUUUUAUUCCAGAACUGAGCAUGUAUUGCUGGAUGUACAGGUGUAUGUUAAUGUGCAUGUUUCUUGAGAUGUCUGUAUACAGUGUCGUAAUGUUUCAAUCAAAUCGCACAUUUGCAGAACUAUUCAACAUGCCAUAAUUAUGUUUAGUACAUGUACCACCAGAUUUAUUAUUUUUGGUAUCAGUAGUGAACUCCUUCGCACACAUUCAGUGGAUCAUUGUUUGCAGGAUCCAGGUUGGUGCAAUCCUUCCAACUGCGUAGGUAUUGCAAAGGUCUUGACUCUUGACCAUGA